GCACAGGGAAUGACCUAUGUCUGGAUUCUCUCUGUCUCCCAUCCGGCGAUGGGAUGGUGAGUGAGAAUGAGGAGGAGAAACCCCAGCAGGAAGACACUGCGCAAGUAGAACCACAUUGGAUGUUAUCAGGAAGAUCCAAAGGGAAUGUUUCCAGGAGUUGUGCACUCCCAGAAAACACAAAAGCCUGCACAGGGAAUGACCUAUGUCUGGAUUCUCUCUGUCUCCCAUCCGGCGAUGGGAUGGUGAGUGAGAAUGAGGAGGAGAAACCCCAGCAGGAAGACACUGCGCAAGUAGAACCACAUUGGAUGUUAUCAGGAAGAUCCAAAGGGAAUGUUUCCAGGAGUUGUGCACUCCCAGAAAACACAAAAGCCUGUGAGACUCAGCAGAGGCCAGAGGAAAACUGCAGUAGCCACUCAGACCUUAUUCCAUGCAACAGAAUCAACUUGGAAGAGACAUGCCACAUGUGCCAUGAGUGUGGGAAAAGCUUCAAUCGGCGCUCACACCUUAUGCAACAUCAGAGAAUCCACACUGGAGAGAAGCCGUUCACGUGCCCUGAGUGCGGGAAAAGCUUCAAUCUGCGCUCUCACCUUAUCAGACAUGAGAGAAUCCACACAGGGGAGACGCCCUACAUGUGCCCUGAGUGCGGGAAAAGCUUUAAUCUGCGCUCUCACCUUAUCAGACAUGGGAGAAUCCACACAGGGGAGACACCCUACAUAUGCCCUGAGUGUGGGAAAAGCUUCAAUCGGAGCUCAGACCUUAUCAAACAUGAGAGAAUCCACACAGGGGAGACGCCCUACACGUGCCCUGCGUGCGGGAAAAGCUUCAAUCGGAGCUCUCACCUUAUCAGACAUGAGAGAAUCCACACAGGGGAGACGCCCUACACGUGUUCUGAGUGCGGGAACAGCUUCAUUCAGCGCUCAGAUCUUAUCAAACAUCAGAGAAUCCACACAGGAGAGAAGCCCUACACAUGCUCUGAAUGUGGGAAAAGCUUCAAUUACGGCUCAAGCCAUAUUAGACAUCGCAAAAUCCACACGAGAGUGAACUGUUAUAAAUCCCUUGACUAGGGCUGGCCAAAGUUGUUUGUUUGUUUGUUUUGUUUGUUUGUUUAAAAUCACAUUUGCUAAUUCCCACAUGGUGCAAAAAUCACUGUCUUCACCGUGGUCUCUCAGCUCCACCAGAUCAGUUGCCUGCUUCUCCGUUUUGCAGCUUGGGGUCAGUCCUGUGAUCUUUUCUAUCAACUCCUUUUCUUUUGAGUCAUAGGAGCGUGUGUCCCUCCUGCCAGGAAUGUUCAUCAGCUCCAGAUGUGGGGGAGACAGGUUGAUCCCAACAAGGUACACUGAGGCAAAAACUACCUGUGCCUUCCAUCCACUAGGAUUGUAUAUGUCAUUGGCUGCUCAAGUUAGUGAUCUUAAUGUAAAAAGUUGUAGUGC